GGCGAAGCUAGCUAUGGCGCUCUUGUCGGGCUGUGCUCUAUGUGAAUUUGGAGGUGGAUGGAGCUGCCGCUACGAAUGCGGCGAUCAAGGCAGCUCAAACUGUGAAUGUGAAUCUGCGAUGCAAAAAAGAAACUCUUGUGAAUCAAACGAGGCCGUGGUGCUAGGCAAACAAGCUGCCGACUCAGAUUUGUUUCAAAAUCAUGCCAGAGUGUUUGAAGUUUGAGGCAACCACAGCUUUUCUUACCGCUGUUGCCACGAGAACGAACUUCGAAGAGGCAGACACACGGCUACUCAACCUGAUAAUCCGUUUCCUAUGCGCUCUUGGGAAAGCGGAAGAUGGUGGACAGGAUGUGGACGCUGCUCAAGAGCGAACAAGUUGCUACUCCAGCUACAUCUCCGCAAUCAAGUCCUUUGGUUUAUUAGGUGCUGGAGGAAGUGCUGCAAAAGUUCGAGCGGAUUCCUCAAAUUCCAUACAUCUGGAUGAGAUGAUGGACCAGAGCACAUCGGCAAUAGUUGCUUCCUUCCCUACAACUUUCUACCGGAAGCUCUUUUGGUGGCUUUGCUCCAAGAGGGGCGACAUACACUCGGCCGAGAAACUACGGCUCCUGCGGUGACGUGAAGGUCUACAAACGUCUACGUUUCUAGAAAGAGGAUGCCAACCGACUUCCUUCACCGGAUGAAGAACCACAACAUUGAACCAACGAAGACGUGGAGGCUCAGUACUGUCUGGAGAGUCGUGAACGGGCGCAGGAAAGCUCACUUGAAGUUUUCCAGGGAAGGAAAAGAAAUCAGGAACCGCGGCUUAACUCUAAGUACGUGCGAAGCAAUGACUGAUCUCAGGCAAGUUUUCUUGUUUCUCUGGUUUCCGAUUUCCUUGUUCUAGAUUUGUCCACGCAUAUACUUGCAUGCAUGGAUAGUGGCUGCCACCUGUUCCUAGUUGAAGCUACAGGUGUCAACCAAGCCGAAGUUCUCCAACUGGUGAAAACUCGAGUGGGCGAUCGAUCGAAAAUCUUCUCGGGUUUCUCCGGAAAGGGAAGAAAGCUCGCUAGCUCUUUGGUUUUCUCAAAGCUUCUCACUCGCUAUGAUGAACGCCGCCGCGCAGGCUCUAGAUGAGAAAGUUGGGAAGGUCCCGGUGGCUCAAGGCUCGACGAGGCCAGCAACAUCGGACACGGAGGUGAUGCGAGCGAUUACAUGGCAGGGAAAGAAAACAAUUUCGUUGGACAAGGUACCGAAGCCGGUCAUCACGCAUCCGAAGGACGUGAUCGUCAAAGUCACUGCUUGCACCAUUUGCUCCGGCUCCGACUCUCACGUCUACGCCGGAGAGGUUCCCGACACCUCCAAAGGCCAGAUCAUGGGACACGAAGGCUGCGGUGUGGUGUCCGAGGUGGGUGAAGCGGUGACCAAGUUCAAGGCCGGGGACCGAGUCGUCAUCGCCUUCGAUAUUGCCUGUGGCGAGUGCGACUACUGCAAGCGCGGUGAGUUCACAGGCUGCGACACCACCAACGACUCGAAGCUCAGCGAGUUCGUCUACGGUCACAGGCACUCUGGGAUCUUCGGCUAUGGAAACUUGCUCGGUGGAGUUCCUGGCUCGCAGGCCGAGUUUGUCCGAGUCCCCUUCGCGGACGUGAACUGCUACAAGAUCCCGGACGAGGUCCCGGACGAGAAGGCGCUCUAUCUCUCGGACGUUCUGUGCACGUCCUACCACGCCGUGAUGCUGGCCGGGGGAGUGAAAGCUGGUGAAACCGUGGCUAUCUGGGGGCUGGGACCGAUCGGGCUUUGCGCCGCGAGGUGGUGCCAGAUCAUGGGAGCUUCCAAGGUGGUCGGGAUAGAUUUCGUCAAGGAGAGGCUGGAGGUGGCGGAGAAGAAGCUGGGGAUCACAGUCAUCGAUCGAAACUCCGUCAAGGACGUUCCAAAGAGGAUCUUUGAGCUGGUUCCGGGAGGAGUGGACGCGAGCAUCGAAGCGGCGGGGUUCCGGUUCCCUGUGACUAUCCUUCACAAGGUGGAGCGCACGGUGGGGUUGGAGACCGACACCGCGGACAUUCUUAACGAGUUACUUCUGGCGACGAGGAAGUGGGGGCGGGUGUCCGUGAUCGCGGACUACCUUGGCUACUGCAAUCACUUUGGGAUUGGCAUGCUGAUGAUGAAGCACUUGACGCUGCGAUCGGGGCAAUGCCCGUGCCAGCGCUACUUCGACACGGUGAUGGAUCACGUCAAGAGUGGAAAGUUUGAUCCGAGCUUCAUGGUCACUCACAGGAUCAAGCUGGAGGACGCGCCGGAAGCAUACAGCAAGCUCUUCAACAAAGAGGAUGGUUACAUCAAAGUCUUCAUAGAAAUGUGAGAGGAAUUGUUCUCUUUCUGUGAGUAAUUAGGUUUGUGUUAAUUAAAAAUUUGUUAGUUAGCUAAUCA